GCUCCUGGGUCCUGCAUCCCUGGUGCCCUGAGAGGUGAGUCCGCGGCGGGUGGGCGUGGGGUGCAGGCAGUCAGGGACGCUGUCGCCUCAGGCGCCACCCCGGGCUCGCACGCAGCCACGAAGUUGAGCCGCGGGCCUCAGAGCCGUAGCGUCUCCCAUCUCGGGGGCUGCCCGGGCGCCCUCGGAGGCCGGCGCGGAGGGCCUGCCGGCUGUCGGGAGCGAGCAGACGCGGCGCUCCACCUGCCCUGCCGCGAGCGGGGCCCUCCGCGCCCUCCGCGCCCCUGCCCCCCAGCUCCCCGCGAGAUGCUGGAGGCCCGCGCCGCCCGGCUGCCGGGGAGGUGGCGCAGGCCACCUGUGUGACAACUCCAACUUUUCCUGGGGUUUCCCGACCGCCAGUAACGGCACGUUGCGCAAUUCCUCUGAGACCUUGUGCGCUUGUCGAUGAAAUAAAAGAAGGAUUUCCCCCAGUUCCCCGCAGGACGUUAUGACUUUCCUCUAUUUCAAGGCAGUUGAGGAAAGUGCCAGGGGAACAGACUGUCCCCACCCUCAGGCCCUGUGGUGCACUCAGGAGCUUGGGGCCUGGCCUUGUCACGCCCUCCCCAGCACCUGGCUAACACUGGGACAGACUUGUACGGAACCAUGAGCCCCAAGGCCUGAGCCGCUUCAAGGAGAGAGAACCCGGCGCCCCGAGAUGGCGGCCAAGAUGGAGAUCACUCUGAGCUCGCAGUCUCACAUUCAGACUUCCUCCAAGCCAGAAAGACACAUAAUAGCAAAGCUGGAAGACAAACGGGAACCCACUCUGCAAAAAGACCGCCCCGAUCCUGAGCUCUCCCGCCAGAGCUUCCGACAGUUCUGUUACCAAGAGGUGUCCGGACCCCAGGAGGCCCUCUCCAGGCUCCAGCAGCUCUGCCGUCAGUGGCUGCAGCCCGAGCUGCACACCAAGGAGCAGAUUCUGGAGCUGCUGGUGCUGGAGCAGUUCCUGAACAUCCUGCCUCCAGAGAUCCAGGCUCGGGUCAGGCAUCGAUGUCCAAUGAGCAGCAAGGAGAUUGUGACCCUGGUGGAAGAUUUUCAAAGAGCAGCCAAGAGACCAAAGCAGUGGGUGGCCGUUUGUAUGCAAGGGCAGAAGGUGCUCUUGGAGAAGACUGGAUCUCAGCUUGGAGAACAGGAACUCCCAGACUUUCAACUGCAAACUCCUAGGAGGUAUCCCAGAGAGAGUUCUGUGGAGGAGCCUUCCCAGGCGGGAUCUCAGGAUCAGCUGAGCUCUCAUCAUUGGGAAAAAUCCCCGCCCCUUCAGGAACCAGGCCCCAAAUUGGCUGGGACAGAGACUCCCAGAAUGAAAAGUGACAACAAGGAAAAUCCGCAGCCAGAGGGGGCUAAAGGAGGAAAGCUAUGUGCAGUGUCCCCUGGCAGAUCCAAAGGGAAUAGUCUACAGAGUCCUGAGCCGAGAGGGGUGAAUAUGAAUGAAUCCCGGUUGUCACGGAGGCAGGUCAGUCCCCCGAAUGCUCAGAAGCCAUUCGCUUACUACCAGAGACAUUGCAGGGAACUGGAAUACAUCAGCAGCCCCCUGAAAAGCCACCCACUGAGAGAGCUGAAGAAAAGCAAAGGAAGCAAAAGGAGCCUGAGCAGUCGUUUGCAACGUCUUGGUCACCAGCCAACCCAUUCAGCAAAGAAGCCGUACAAAUGUGAUGACUGUGGGAAAAGCUUCACAUGGAAUUCGGAGCUGAAAAGACACAAGCGCGUACACACAGGGGAGAGGCCCUACACAUGCGGAGAGUGUGGGAACUGCUUUGGGCGCCAGUCUACCCUAAAGCUGCACCAGAGGAUCCACACCGGAGAGAAGCCAUACCAGUGCAGCCAAUGUGGGAAAAGUUUUCGCCAGAGCUCAAACCUCCACCAGCACCACAGACUCCACCACGGGGACUGAGAGCAAGCCUCAUUCUCCCUGUUCAGAAGGAAAGCAUCUAUAAGGCUUCUGUGUUUCUCCUUCCCCUGACUUGCAUGUAAAUCACAGACUGUGUGUGUGACUUACAGGGAAAGCAAGAAGUCCUCAAGGAAUGCCAGUGCAUAUUUGGCUGCUGAGGAGUCCCAGAAGACAUCAAGGGGGAUGUGACCCUGUCAGUGACAGAGUGAAGAGAUGUCAGGUCUGGGUGUUAGGUGAGAGAGAACUGAGGUCUCUGCUUUCCAGCAGAGAGUAACUGCUAAGACAAUCUGGCUGAUCCUGCAGGUGCCCCUGUCCCUUUAUUUAUUCUCUAAAUACGUUCAAGGGUAAAUCACACAUGUAGUUAAUGUACUGUCAUACCAGACAAUCUUUAUCACAUACACACUUCUUUAAUAAAGAUCAGUGACCCACUAGAAUUUCAAGGCAAAAGUUCAUUGGAAUAUAAAUCCCCUAAUAUUCUUACUGAAAUUCCUGGCUAUUCUUAACAAAGGGCACAUGGAGUGAGACUUUGAACAUGUUUGUAUGAGGAGAGGAUUUCCAAGUAAAUAGUGCUUUUACACGUGCAUGCACACAUUUAUAUGAAAGCACCUUUGAUUGGGAAAAAUCUACACAGCUGCCAUAGUCCCCACCCAGGUGACGGGAAAGCUACAAGAGGAAAGAAGCAUGUAGUGCGUGUAGACAGCUAAGGACAUACCAAAGGGAACCCUUACUGUUCUCCUUCCUUACUUAGGCCAGCAGCCUUAAGAAUAACAAAAUGAUUGGAGUGAGGAAGUGUUAUUUAUAAAUAAGUGGAUUAUCUCAGCACAUUUACUAAAACCCAUUAAAAUUGAUUACUUUUUUGAUACAUUGUAUCUAAAUGAAUUUUCUAAAAAUACACAAAAUAUAUUUGUAUAGAAUGUAAAAGUUCUGGAAUGAGGCCAGAGAAUUGAUCUAAUUCCAUCCUUUCAUUCUCUCAAAGUAAGAAUCCAAAGAAUCCAAACCAAUCAGUAUAGUGUUUAGUCACCCAGAGCAAGCCAGCCGACCUCUGAGUUCAGAGAAGACUGUUGGUAGAAUGGUGCACUGCCUCAAGCAGGAAACAGGUAGAUGACAUUCUUGCAAAAGCAUCUGUAUCUUCUAGUCACUGCCAGUCACCUCUGGGCUGUGUCCUUUGCUGCAUCCUCACCCCCUAGGCCUCUGCACAUGCUUCUCCUUUGAUUUUAGGACCUGGCACCUCCCUCCACUACUUCCUCCACCUCCCAUCUCACAGGAACAUCCUACUCAGCAAAACCUUCUCUGACUGGUUCCAGGCAGAUUUUAUUGUGUUACUCCCUGCUCUACUGUGCACACCAGUGGUGGUCAACCUGGGAGCAGUUUUGCACCCCCGCCCCCAGAGGACAUUUGGUCAUGUGUGGAAAUGUUGGUUGUUAUGACUCGGGGAGAGGGAGGGUAGUUCUCGUUCCUGGCCUCUCUUGGGUAGAGACCGGGAUGCAGCUAAAUGUCCCACAGUGGACAGGACAGCCCCACAACACAGUGCAGUCUCCUGGCCCAAAGUAUCAGUAGUGCCAAAGUUGGGGAACUGUACCGUACACAGUAAAAGCCCUUUAAGGACAAGAGCCUUAUUUUUCUAUCAUUUUAGUUUUAGACUAAGCCCACACCCAGCCAAGAGAAAUAGCUGUUCAGCAGGGCCCUGUCCUGCCUGAAUCAGAGAUCCUGGUGUGUUGAAUGCAGUUGACAAAGCCUCUUGCCUUUGGGCAGAGAGAGACUUAAUGGAAGCUCAGUGGCUUUUAGACUAUGCUGCAGUCCCCUUCCUGGCAACCAUGUUAAAUGUUAAAGGAGCUUGUCUUCAUUACUACACCUGCGCCUUACCUUGCCCCCAUCUCUAGCCUCUCACCAGUAGAGCCUCUUGAUUCCUCACUGGCUCCCACCUCAUCCAUCUUUUUGCAGCACAGUUUUGCUGUCACAAGGCCCUCCUAAUCAUAGUUUACAUAUGUCAGUUUCCUGUUGGCGCUAUAACAUGACCACAAACUUAGUGGCUUCAAACAACACAAACAUAAUCUCUUAGAGUUGCAAAUCUUGAAGUCUAAAAUCAGUUUCACAGAAUCAAAAUUCAGGUGUCCAAGGCUGAAUCUGUUUCCUCAACUUUCUCAGCUAGUGGCUGCUUGUGUUCUGUGGCUUGUGGCCUCUCCAUCCUCAAAGUGCACGCCUCCACCUGUCACCACAUCACCUUGUCCUCUUGCUCUGACCCACCAGCACCCUCUUGAAAGGGCCAUCAUGAUUAUAUUGGGCCCACCCAGAUAAUCCAAGAUAACCCCCCCAUCUCAAUUUUCAUAAUCACAUCUGCACAGUCCCUUUUGCCAUAUAAGGUAACAUUUACAGGUUUUAGGGAUUAGGAUGUAGACAUACUUGGGGGGCCAGAUUCAGCCACCACACCUGUCUGUUAAAUCAACUUUGUUGGUCAAUGAUCUCACCUAAAAGCAAAGGAACUUAGAUUUCCACUAUUAAUUAAGAGGGUUGCAAUAGGACCUCUUCCUUAAAGGAAAGCUUUGUUUGUUUGCUAUGUUUUGAAGAACCUGUAUGUGUUCUUUCUCUUCUGAACAAAAUAACAGCUGAAUCUUAAAGUCUUUGGGUAUUUGUUCAACUGUGGUCCUUGAAUAAAUGUGACAAAAUUACCAAUAUGAAUAUCACUCAUUCCCAAAAGGUUUUCAAGCCUCUGAUGCUACAUUGGCUCUUCCAGUCUGGUUUUCCUCUGGCAGAUAAGGCUCAACUCCAGGUGAGUAGAGUCUGAAGGCUGGAGAAAGGCACCCAGCCAUAUUUGAGGGUGUACUCAGUUCCUCAGAUGUAGUAUCCUCCCUGUCCCCAUUGCCCUCAUGGUUCCACCAGAGAACUUGAGCAUAGACUACUUACUUGCAGGCUUGCAAUUACCUACUCCAUAUAAGAAGUACUUUCUCUUCACCCAUGAGCAACCUGUAAGGUUACCAUAUUUUCUGAGUUUGGUCUGUGUUUAACCAUGGAGGGGGAUGACUCCCACCUAAGUUAUUUGGUCUCCUGGUGGCCUCCAUCAAGACAGGGGGAGAAGGAAGCAUCUGUGCACAGUGGAGAAUCUGGACCUUGCAGAUAUCCCUGAAAAGCAUUUUCCAUCUACAGCAGAUAAGGACUUGUAAAACCUUUCCCAUAAUACCUUUACUGCUUCUGACAACAACUCCCAAAUACCAUCCAAUACACGCUGUUGAAAUUAUCUCCAAGUUUCCAAAAGAAAAAUGCUACUUUUACAGCUUUACUGAGGUCCAUUCCCCAUGUAACCUUCAUCCCUUUAUAUAGUUCAGUAAUUACAUUAGUCACAGAAUUAUGCAACCGUCACCACAAUCUAAUUUGAGAACAUUUUCACAGCUAAAAAAGAAACUCCAUGAUGCUUAGCAUCACUCCUCAUCCCUGUGCCCCCUUGAACCCCCCUUCACUCAGCACAAUGUCUUCAAGGUUCUGUUGUGUCGUAGCAGGUGUUAGUACCCUAUCCUUUCCGUGACUGAAUAAUAUUCCACUGUGUGGAUGGACCACUUUUGUUUAUCUAUUCAUCCCAUAGACAUUUGGUUGUUUCCACUUUGGGGCUCCUGUGAAUUGUGCUGCUAUGAAUGUGUGUAUAAGUUUUUCUGUGAAUGGGCACCCAUGUGGGUCAGUCAGUUAGGCAGCUGCCUUCGGCUCAGGUCAUGAUCCCAGGGUUCUGGGAUUGAGCCCUGCAUUGGCCUCCCUGCUCAAUGGGGAGUCUGCUUUUUCCUCUCCCUGCGUCUCUCCUCCCUGCUCUUGCUCUCUCUCAAAUAAAUAAAAUAAAAAUUUUAAGUUUUUCCCUGAAUAUGUAGUUUCAUUUCUCUUGGGUAAAUACCAGGAGUAGAAUUGCUGGGUCAUAUGGUAACUUUAUGUGGAGCUGUUUCUGAGGAGCUGCCAGGGUCUGCACCCCAGUUCCCCACCUGUACUGUAUGAGGGUCUCAGUUUCUCCACGUUCUUGUUAGCACUUGCUAUCAUCAACUGGUUAUAACCACGCUAGUCUGUAUGAAGUGCUAUCUCACUGUGGUUUGUGUUUGUGGUUUUUUUUAAGAUUGUAUUUAUUCAUGAGAGACAUAGAGACAGAGGCAGAGA